UGCGACAGUAUAUUAUUAUAUAAUAUAGAGAGAAAUACCAUCACCAAACCAAGAACUCGUUUUCUCUGUAUAUAUAUACACACAUAUACAUACAUAUAUAAUAUAGAGAGAGGAAGAAAUUUCUCAGUUCUGAAAAGGGGAUUUUGAAACUGUUGUUUGUCUCUGGUACUGAAGAAAUUAAAAGUUGAAUGAAAUGAAAUUGAACACAGAAAAGAAUAUGGAAUGGCCUACAGUUUUGGAUGAAUAUGAAAAACUUGUUUUUCGUAUGACUACUCCCAGGGUCAUGAUCGACAAUGCUGGUUGUUCAAACGCCACCCGCAUUAUGAUUGAUAGUGCGAGGAAACAUGGAAUUCUUCUUGAAGCAGUUCAAGUUCUCACAGAUCUGAAUCUUUCAAUCAAGAAAGCUUACAUCUCUUGCGAUGGUCAAUGGUUUAUGGACGUUUUUCAUGUUACUGACUUGGAUGGUAACAAGUUAACAGACGACAGUGUCAUCAGUCACAUCAAACAGUCCCUGGGAAGAACCUAUUAUGCAAGUUCAAAAAGUUGUGAUGGCUUGACAGCUCUGGAAUUAACUGGUACCGAUCGUAUUGGCCUUCUAUCUGAGGUUUUUGCUGUACUAUCAGAUUUACAAUGCAACGUUGUUGAAGCUAAAGUGUGGACUCACAAUGGCCGAAUUGCCUCCCUAAUUUAUGUGAAGGAAAGCCAUACGGGGUUCCCCAUUGAGGAUUCCCAGAAGAUUGACAGAAUCAAAGCUCGUCUAAGGAAUGUGCUUAAGGGUGAUAAUGAUAUUCGUAGUGCUAAAACAUCAGUUUCUAUGGAUGUCACACAUACAGAAAGAAGACUUCACCAAAUGAUGUAUGCAGACCGUGAUUAUGAAAGAAAGCCGAUGAUUAGGACUAGCAAUGACACGCCAGUAGUAUCGGUGAUGAACUGCUUGGAAAAGGGUUAUUCUGUGGUAAAUAUUCAGUGCAAAGAUCGAACAAAGCUUUUAUUUGAUCUUGUUUGCACGUUAACAGACAUGCAGUAUGACGUGUUCCAUGCCACAGCUAAUACAGCUACGGAUAGGGCAUACUUGGAAUUCUUCACUAGGCAUACGGAUGGAACCCCAAUUAGUUCGGAUGCUGAAAAGCAGCGUGUUAUUCUAUGUCUACGAGCUGCAAUUGAAAGAAGAACAUCUGAGGGAGUGAGGCUUGAGCUAAGCACUGGAGACAAACGAGGAUUAUUGUCCAAUGUAACAAGAACUUUCCGAGAAAAUGGCCUAAAUGUGACAAGGGCUGAGAUAUCAACCACAGGGGAAUUGGCUCUAAAUAUGUUCUACGUAACAGAUGCAAGGGGGAAUCCAGCCGAUUCAAAGAUCAUUGAGGCUGUUCGGCAAAAGAUUGGAUUGAGUGACUUGAAAGUGAAGGAAUUUCCAUUGGUCAAUCAUCAAAAGGUUGAUAGAGACGACCCGACAGCUGGUGUAGGUGGGGCUAUGUUGCUGUCACUUGGUAGCAUAUUCAGAAGGAAUCUCUACAACUUGGGAUUGGUCAAUUCAUAUUCUUGAAGCAAGAAGAAUGAAUCUUAGCAUACCAACUUACCAAAAAGAAGAUUGCGAGAAGUUCAUAUUCCUCGGAAUUCACACUAUGGAAGUCUCAAAGGACACCUAUUUUCAGUGAUCAAGUUAUAUUCUUGAAGCAAGAAGAAUGAAUCUUCUCAUGCCAACUUACAAAAAGAGAAUGCGAGAAGUUCAUAUUCCUCCGAGUUCACAUUGUGGAAGCCUCAAAGGACAACUAAUUUCGGUGGCCUGUGUACAUAGCUUAAAGAUUAUUGUAAAGUCAUUAGUUGUUUUAACAGUAGGCGGAUGGUAUUUGACUGUUUGAGGCCACCUUUUGCCCACCAUAUUGGAUAGCUAGGAACAGUUAGAAUUUGAAACAUAGAGCAGGAGACAAAAGCAAUGUAACAUAAAGGCUGUUUGGCCAAGAAUGGGUUUACAACAACAACAACGACUCAAUUCCAAGCAACUUGAGGUUGGCUUACAUGAAUCUUCACUGUCUACGCGCUCCUUUUAACCAGUGGAUGGAUAUGCAACAAUAAUGCCUCAAUCCCGAGAAAAGUUGAGGUUGGCUACAUGAAUUUUCAUUGUCUUUGUCCCUCCAUUUAAGCAAACGACUGGUAAGCAACAACAAUGCCUCAAUUCCGAGCAAGGUGGGACCGGUUACAUGAAUUUUUACUGUCUAUGUCGCUCCAUAAUCUUGAAAAAAUUGUAAAUAACUUGUUACAGCAGAUAAAACUACACUAAUUUGUGUAAAAAAAUUUAUCUUAUCAAUUUAUAUAAUCCA